CGGUCAAAAAAGACAGACAGAAAGGCCAAUUUAGGCAAACUAACAAUCUUAAACGAAAAUUAAACACUUGUCGACAUUGCUAACAUCAUUUGUACGUAUCAUCUUUCAAUAUCAAUGGCUUUGACUUACAAUGGGUUUAGAUAUUGACGGAAAAAUGUCAACUGUUAGCAGGGCUUAUACACACUCUUGAUGCAAUACUUUGUUGCAAGAGGGGGUUUUGGGGAAUUUUGGCUAAUGAGAUCCCACAUCUGCCACAUCUGACCUUUUUGACAAGUCAUGCAGUUUUGCUCGUCAUUUUGUGUCAAAGAUUAGUUUUUAUUGCAAAAGAAUGAACGCGAAUCAUUUUGUAUUAAAAUUACCAAGUUAUAAGGUUCCAUUUCUUGUUUUAAGAGCAGACAAAGUCGCCUCUCGUUGUGAUCCGAAACACAAAUGUUUGGGCGGGUACUUUUGCUAGACAGUGCGAAGGAGCUCGGAUGGCUAGCCAAUUACGAGGUUGCUUUUAUUGUUGUAAUGCGUAAUUUGUUCAGUUGGUGAGGGAUGAGGGUUUGAAAGAAGAUUUAUCCAGACAAAAGACAGACAUUUCCAGAAAUCUCAGCAAGAUGUUUCUAUGCUGAAUCUAUGCUAGCUCAACAAACUGGUUACACAUUUGUAAACUCUCAGCAAUUAAUGAAAAGUUAACCCCAUCUUGUAACAGGCUCAUUUGUAUUAGACAACCCUAGAAAGAUGGAUUUUCAUUCACUGCAAAUGGCAGCAUCAGUGUUCAUCUUGAUAAUGAUAUCUUUCAAAUUAGACACAUUUCAUGCAUACAAAUUUGAAGCAGAUACUGAUCUAAAUAAUAUGGCUUUUCAAGGAAAUGAAGUAUUUAUAGGGGCUACAAAUUAUAUUCAUAGACUGAACAGCAAUUUAGUACAACUCAAUAGCAAGAAAACUGGGCCAGUGAAUGAUAGCAGACAUUGUAUUACUCCUAAUGAACACUGUAAAGAUCUCAAGCUAACAGACAAUCGAAAUACUGUUCUUUUAAUUUACAAGAAAUCUGAUUCACUCACAUCAAAGACAAUUACAAGGUUAUUUACUUGUGGCAGUAUAUACCAAGGUGUCUGCCAGUUGAGGGAUAUAAAAAAUAUGGAUUCGGUAUUGAAUGGUAGUGCAGCUGUGGCAGCAAAUGAUGCAAAUUCAUCAACUGUAGCAUUUCUUGGUCAAGACAAGUCAGGUAAUAACAUGCUGCAUAUUGCUGUUACGCACAAUAAGCGUAUUGAUUUCAUGACAUUACCAGCAGUCUCUAUCAGGCAGCUAGAUGGCCUUGGGGAGAGAUAUUUCUUGAGACCAUACAACAAGAAUUACAUUGAAGUAAAAAGAGACUAUGUUAUUGACUAUGUAUCUGGCUUUCUGUUAGAAAAGUUUGCUUUUUUCACAUCUGUACAGCCUGUACAAUAUGGAGGAGGUGCUUCAAAUGUCUACGAAUCAAAGAUAGUCCGUUAUUGUUUAGAGGUCCCAGAAUUCUAUUCCUAUACUGAAAUUCCAUUAUCAUGCAAGGACUCUGCUGGAACUCAAUACAAUAUCUUGAUUAGUGGUAUGCUCAUAAAAGCAACUGGCAAGACUGCACAAAUGUUGAAUGUCAGUGAAGGUGAUAAUGUCUACAUAGGAGUGUUCAGCAAAUCAGCAGCAACAGGGAAGGCCCAGACUGACAAAAAUGCUGUUUGCAUUUUUACAAUAAAAGAUGCUAAUAAGGCAUUUGAUGAUAAUAUCAAGAUGUGUGUGCUUCAUGGUGAGCCUAUAGAUGGUGGUUUGAAGUGGAUGAAGACAUAUCAGCCUGGAGUGCUCUGUAAGGAAGCUAAAAGAGAGUAUCAAUUUCGAGUGUCUCGGCAAUCGACUGGAGGUGCGCUGGAUCUUUCAUGCGAGAACUUCCGCUACGUGAGAGACUUCAAACAAGGCGGUCAUAUUCCGUUGAAUAACACGCACUCGUUUGUGGUACCCGGGAAACUCACUGCCAUAAAGGCAUAUCCACAUGCAAGAGGGCUGGCGGUAUUUCUUGGGACUUCGAAAGGAAUGCUGAAUGAGUACGCCGUCUUUACUGGCAUGAAGACACAUCUGUAUGGAUAUGAGGUUGUGGUAAACAAUGAACCGAUAAGAAAAAUGGACAUAGAUCCAGCUUACCAAGGCCUAUACGCAAUGACCCGUCGACAGGUUUCCAAGUAUAGUAUCCAGAAUUGUGGAAAGCGCUUGUCAUGUGUCGACUGUCUAGCAGGGCCUGGUUGUGGCUGGUGUACGUUAGAGAAAAAAUGCAGUAUAAAGAGCGAAUGCAUCUACUCUCAAAGACCUUUGUACUUUGUUGAUGACAGCGUAGACAGCUGCCCUUCAGUUCUUUCCUUCAAACACGACCCAGCUGCAAUUUCAGUUCGAGAACAAGCUAAGGUGUAUUGGAAGAUCAAGAACAUGCCUGUCUUGCAGGAUGGGCGAACCUACAAGUGCUCUUUUGGUUCAGCCAAUGUCACUACUGUUGUUUCUGGAGACGAAUAUUCUUGCACCACUCCAAAAUUUGGCGAAAUCCCGGAAAUAGUUGAUGCGAGAAGUACCGCGGUGAAAGUAAUUUUGCGGUCGCCUGAGAAAGAUAUUGCUUUGUUUCAUAACAGUGUAACUUUCUUCAAUUGUGAGCAGAUCAAAAGCUGUUUGGAAUGCACUAGAUUCAAGUACACUUGCAACUGGUGCUCAAGUUCAUUGACCUGCUUAGACCGCCUUUCUUCUUGCGGAAAUUACAUUGCUCAUGCUGGGCCUGAGCAGGCUAUUGCCUUUAGCCAGUGUCCAUUGAUUACUGGCAUGAAAACCAGUUUUGUAUCUGAUAGCGUUGAUAGAGAGAUCCGAAUCGAAGGGAAAAAUUUACCAGCACCAACGGGGUUAUUCAAUUACGAAUGUCUGGUAAGGAUAGAAGACCAGGAACUUAAGACCAUAGGACGACUAGAGAGUAAGACCUCUCUUGUUUGCACCAAGAGAAUAUAUAAAUACGUCAGAAACACGGCAAACUACACAACAGUAGUGUUGAUUCGAUUUGGCGGUAAAGACUUAGAUGUUAUUAAAGACACAAGAGUGACGUUUUACAAAUGUGAGGUUGAGAGGCACAGCUGUGGUAUCUGCUUGAAUGCACCAAAAGCGUGGCAGUGUGGCUGGUGUAACCAGAAAACGUGCACUGUCGCGGAUGCUUGCAGUGCAACAAAGGACUGGGCCAAUGCUACCUGUCCUCGACCCCCAGAGAUCAAGCAGUUCUCGCCACUAUCAGGAGCGAUAUCCGGGAAUACCGAAGUGAAAAUCGAGGGGAGAGAUCUGGGUACAAUUAAAGCAGACAUCGUCAAUGUUACCAUUGCUGGCCGAAGAUGCCAGCUACUUCCAGAUUUGUAUGUAGUAUCGAAAACGGUUUAUUGUAAAACGGAGAAAAUCCCAGCCCCAAGAAAUGGCACUGUUCAGAUGUUUGUUAAAUUUGGACAAAGGAUCAUUCCAGUAAGCUCGAAGACACAAUUUAUGUAUAAGAAGCCAACGAUCCUCCGAUUUGAGCCAACCAAGGGCCCCUGUUCAGGCGGUACCAAAUUCACGGUCUUUGGAAGUGACCUGCAUGUUGGUGGAGCCGUCAAUGUAACGGUGGCUGGCAACCUAUGUAAUGGCAACUUACGGAGAUUUCCGAGCAAAAUUGUUUGCACCAUUUCAAGUCGCUGUUCAAAACGGCGUCGAAGGGCGAUAGAUAGCGUCAAAGUUUCAUUCGACGGCCAAAAUGUGCCGCUCAGUAUCGAUGCCGUGUUCAGUGUGCAGCCCGACCCCAUUGUUAAAAGUGUAAACACGCACAAAUUAAGGACUGAUAAUAAUCAGGCCCUGGAAACAUUUGUAAGUGGUGGGCAGGUUUUCAUUGUGAAAGGAGAACGAUUUGACCUUAUUCAGCAUCCAAGAAUAAAGUUUUUGGUUUAUCCACAGAUGCUACCAGCAUACGGGCCAUGUAACAUAACAUUGCCAACUCGACUAGACUGCAUUGCUCCGAAUAUUACUGGUAUCACAGGAGAGAUUAACAAUGCAUCGGUUAUUGUUCAACUGGGCUUUGCUAUGCAACGUGUCAAAUCUGUGGAGUCCAUAGAAAACAUUACUGUUCGAGGUGAUCCAGUUUUUGAAAAAUUUGGUAUCAAGGAUCUUCGAAGAAGGAAUUUGUUUUUGAAGGGGUGGAAUCUGGAUUUGCUUGGAAACGAGGACGUUAAUGUGACAGUUGCAGGAUUGCCUUGCGUGGUGCAAAAUAUUAGAGAGACUCUAUUUUGUAUAUCGCCGGAAGAGGAAAAACUCGAGAAGAUAAAGCAAAGUCAAAAGGCUCUUGUUAAGGUCGUAAUUGGGCAAGGAGGACUGGAACAGACUCUUGGUUUCAUACGCUACGUGAAAAGCCCAGUAGAGGCAAAGCCAUUCCCAUGGCUUUAUGUCUACAUCACAGCACCAAUUGCAGCUGGCUUGAUUGUUGUCAUAAUUGUUCUCAUUAUAUUGUAUUUUCAACGAAAGAAGAAGGAGAAGAAGUAUCAGAAGGUGUACAAAACGAGGCUGGAAAAUCUUGAAUCGAGAUACGCGAGGGAAUGUAAAGAAGCCUUUGCCGAACUGCAGACUGAGAUGACUGACCUCACAACCGACAUGUCGUCAACCAUACCAUAUUUGGAAUUCGAGAAUUACGCAAUGAGAUCGUUAUUUCCUGGAAUUGACACGCACCCAAUUAUGGACAGAGAUUGCAACAAAAGUGAUACAUGGAAGAAGUGUAUGUCAUCUCUUUGUGAUCUUUUGAAAGAGAAGGAAUUUUUGUUAAUUUUCAUCAAAACUCUGGAGUCACAACAGAGCUUUGCGAUGAGAGACAGGUGCAAAGUUGCUUCGUUGUUGAUGGUUGCACUGCAAGACGACCUGAAAUACGUCACCGAUAUUCUUCAGGAGCUGCUAGCAGAUUUGAUCCACAAAUCAGUGGAUUCCGGUAGAGCGAAGUUACUUCUUCGUAGGACUGAAUCAGUUGCCGAGAAACUUCUUACAAAUUGGCUGUCCUAUACACUUCACGAGUUCCUACAGCAACGAGUUGGCGAGCCUCUGUUCCGAUUAUUCACUGCUAUUGUGUCGUUGCUGGACAAAGAACCGGUCGAUGCGAUUGCGUGCGAGGCUCGUAAUUCUCUAAGUGAAGACCGUCUUCUGAGACAAAAAGUUGACUUUACUACAAUUACUGCUCAUGUUGAAUACGAAAAAGGUGACAUGAUACAAGUACAACUUCUCAACUGUGAUUCUGUCAAUCAAGCCAAGGAAAAAAUCCUAAAUGCUAUUUAUAAGAAUGUUGCCUUCUCGCAAAGACCAAACAAAGACUCUCUGGUAUUGGCGUAUCAAACACCCGCAGGUGGCGAAAAGAUCUUACAUCAAGAAGAUAGUACUUGUGAAAUCGACGGAGAGUGGAAAAGAAUUAACACGCUCGAUCAUUUCCUGAUUCCUGACGGAUGUCAAUUGAAGCUCAUGGCGUUUACCGUCUUUUCUGAUGGCACUGGCACCCCUGGUAGGUUUGAUGUUUUUCACGACUCUUCCCUUCCCAAUGUAAACUUCGCACCUACUCAUAGCAGUACCCCAAUGCUCAAUAACCACUCGAACAGUGAUGACUGCUACAGACUUUGGCAUUUGGUUAAAACUUCAGAUUAUCCAAUUGAACAUAAAGAAGAUGUCAGACAAAAUAAAAUGAUGGCUGAGGUGUAUUUGACAAGGCUGCUGAAGACUAAGGGAACCCUGCAAAACUUUGUAGACGACCUUUUUGGAUCAGUGUUUUCAGUUACAAGCAGAAACAUCACUAUUCCUCCUGCCAUGAAAUUCCUCUUCGACUUUUUGGAUAAGCAAGCAGGGCUCCUGAACAUUUCCGACAACGAAGUUCUGCACACAUGGAAGAACAACUGCCUGCCGCUCAAAUUCUGGAUAAACAUAAUCAAAAACCCAAACUUUGUAUUUGACAUUCAUAAAACAAGUAUCGUUGAUUCUUGUUUGUCAGUUGUUGCUCAGUUGUUCAUGGAUUCUUGCUCUCCUGAAGAGCAUAGGCUUGGCAAGGAUUCACCUUCAAAUAAGCUGUUAUAUGCGAAGGAAAUUCCAGAUUAUAAGAAGAAAGUUGCACGAUUCUACAGUGAAGUUAAGUUAUUACCUCCAGCUACGGACAAAGAGCUCAUAGAAAGCCUAUCAGAUAUAUCCGAUAAAUACGGGGAUGCUUUCAAUCAUUACAAUGCUGCUAUUGAAUUGCUAUCAUAUGCUGUGAAAUAUAAAGUGAAGAUAAUGGAUACAUUAGAAAGUGAAGACUUGGAAGAGUAUGCAAAGAAACUGCAAGAGAUAAUGGAGACUUUGCCUGACGAUUAGGACUGAUAAAAUCUUUGCUUCAUUUAAUAUGAAGUGAAAACAAUGCUACAGUCAUCUAGAGUAAACCCCUUAUGAUCCCAAGAUGAACACAACUCCCGCAAACAGACUGCAUUGUGGGAUCAACAUCCCAUGGCCAAGGACGAUCGAGAACGACAUCAGGUCUUUAUGUUUUGAUUGCGCAAAAGGAUGCAAGCCCCGUGUUGCUUUGUAGAGUUAAGCAGUUCCAGUGUGACAGUGUAUUUAAGUGUUAGAAGUUUUCCGCUUCUGUGCAUAAGAUGAUAAUUGAUAAUUACACUAUUAUAUUAUUAAGUAAUGCUAAUUUAUGCAAUGGAUAGGUCAUUUGUUUAAUUAGGCUGAUUAGCCGAGUUACGAACUGCUAUCGAGCUAUCGUGGUAUCUUGAAUAAAAGUAAUCUGCUACUGCUAAAGUAAUUUGACACAGUCAGGUUUGCUGCUAAAGGAACUGACUGAAGACUGGUCCAUGAACUAUUUCCCCUGUCUUCGUUGGAAAUUGUUUUGCGAAGAAUCUCUCUUGUAUAGUAACUUGUAUAGUAGGUUCUGGUAGCAAAACACACGAUAGCCAAGCUAUUUGGUGGGAAUUAUGCUUUACUCCUUACGAAUGGAAAAUAAGACAUGCAGCACAACUGACUUGGACAAAUUAAAAAAAAAUAUCUGCCACAUAGGUGCGGGAUAAAGAAAUUAGCUGUUGUCACUUAGUCACUGUUUAUGUCCAAAGCCCUUUUAAGAUGUGCUGUUAAUUAUUUUAGUUUUAUGCUGGUGUUUGCAGCGUUUUAACUUUUUUAAUUGUUAGCUUUUUAUGUUGAUUGAUCUUAUAAAAGUGUUAAUUACGACAAUAAUGAAAUAAAUAUAUCUUAAAAAAUAUGGCACGUGCUUUAGCGUAUACUUGAACAUUACAAGAGUUUUAUUUUAAGACACCUGUAUGUAUUUUGAAAAGACUAGAGAAUUUUGCUUCUGGCUGUCGAUCUAAGCAGGUUAUUGCAAAAAUCCCCCAACAAGUAGCUCGGUAGGACUAGGUGCUUCAUGGACACGAAAACCAUGGCUAAUUCCCGUUGUCCAUCAUUCAGCUUUUAUCAGCCAAAUUAGUUUUUCGCUUCAAGACAGUCUGAUUGCCUGCUGACCUCUAAAACUUCAGUGGGGAUGCGUUCAGCCUAUGCUUCAACGAUUUUUUCUGUCAGUAUAAUGACGAAGUAAUGCAAUUAUUUUUAUUGAACAGUGCUUCUUUAAUUAGAAAAGACUCGAUGGCAUCGUGUUCCUACUAUAAGAUCACUUACCAUAAAACAAUGCAGUUUUCACAUUUCUAUUUUUACUUGAAACAAGGUAGUUUCGAAUGCAAAAACCAAAAGCAACCCAUGACUAGUUUUAAUUAUUUUACAAAGAGGAUCACGAAACAAUGCCCUUUUCUAUGGAUUAGCAGAACCAAAAUCUCCAUAAUACGAGCUUGCUUGAAAGAAGUCUAUGGUCACUAACAUUUUUUUCUAAAGACAAAUAUGAGCAAUCUCUUUUGACGUUGCAAACUUGUAAGAACGUGGUAAAACUACACUUUUUACGUUUUAAACUUAUUUAUGCUAUCAUUUAGCACUAGUUGCAAUGUUCAGUGUAGUAGUAUAUUUAAGACUCGGUGUUAUUGUCACAUACAACAUAGAUAAUCGGUUUCAUAAUAAACUUGUCUGUUAACCGUUGUAUGAAAAUUAAAGUGCUGUAUUAAAAUGAAGGUAAUAUCCAAA